AAAGAACAAAUUACCUACUUCAGGCUGUGGGGAACGUGUGGAAAUUAUAUUAAAACUUCAGCAAAGUGCACAGCCGCAUAAUACAGAAGCCGGGACUCAGAUUGACAGGCAAAUAAGCCAGCUCGUGGAAGGGGCCUCUGGGUGGCAGCUCUGGGCUAUUGGGUGUUGGACAACUAUAGGCAAAACUGAAAUGGAACAGGGGCAGAAAAUAGCACACUUUUACGCUACGCAACCGUGGCUUUCGCAUGAUCUUCAAGAAUUUUACUGGGAUAAUUAUCCAAACAAAAUUCCAAGAAUUCUAUCCAAAUGUCUACAGAUGCACGGCUGGCGGUGUGGCUCAGACGGAGCAAGGGUUACAUCAAGGCUGUUCUCUGGACCGUGCAAACAGUCUAGACCAAUGACCUGCAGCAUCAUGCCCUUUGAAGAAGAGGCAAGUUCGGUCACGAUGAAGAAAAAUCCAGGCGUACCCCUUUUAACAAUAGGGAGCAGCUCCAGGCUGCAAAGAGGGAGAAGAGAAGCUACUGAAGAGUCCAGAGGAGAAAACGCUACGCUCUUAUCAUGGAAGAUCAAGUCCGAACAUUUCAGUGAGGCUGGAUGCAGGCUCCCAAGUCUGUGGGUGGAGAGGAAAGACGUCAGUCUGUUGAUCCUGAAAUUGCUCUUGAGGUACAGGCUUCAGGGGUUUGGAAGAGCCUGCCAUAAUUUUGAGGGGGUGAAGCGGGUGCACAGAGAGAUGUGGGGUAGGAAAAGUACUAUUUUUAGAGCAUUCAAAUAUACCAAUGUCCUCUUUCUUUUGUCCCGUCACUGGUCUGUAAAGUGUUUUUCCAGGAGUAUCUUGAGCCCUGUAAGGGUCCUCUGCAAUUGCAGGGUGAGAUUUGGUUUCAUCAGAACUGUUAGAACAGAGCUGCCCUAUAGCCACCGCAUUUCCUCUCUGCAAUGGGAUUUUGAAACAAAGAAACAUGCACAGAACAUUUUAUGACCCACACUUUUGCAACACCACCCUCAGACGACUAUUCAAAUUCAAAUUGAUUAAAAUUAAAUAAAAAGUAGUAAGUUUCUCAGUUGUACUCCACAUUUCAAAUAUUCAAUUGCCACAUGGGGGUUUUGAUUGCUAUACUGGAUGGUGUUUUUUUCUUUCUUCUUUUAUUGAACUUAUUGGCAUCACACUGGCUAACAAAAUUAUACAGUUUCUAGGUGCACAGUUCUACCACACGUCAUCUGCAUGCCAUACUGUGUGUUUAGCACCCCAUGGCAAGUCUUCUCUUAUCCCCCUCCCCUCUUGCUCCCCUCCCCUCUCCUCUGUCAUCACCACUCUGGUAUCCAUGUCCAUGAGUUUUAUUUCUCUUUUUCCUUUUUUUGUUCAAUCUACCCCUGCACCCCCACCCCGACAGUUGUCAGCCUGCUCUCUAUCCACAAAUCUCUCUAUUUUGCUUGUUAGUUCUUUUUGGUCAUUAGAUUCCACAUAUGAGUGAAAUCAUAUGGUAUUUGUCUUUUUCUGACUGGCUUAUUUCACUUAGCAUAAUGCUCUCCAGGUUGAUUAAUGCUGUCAUAAAGGGCAAGAGUUCCUUUUUUUAACAGCUGAGUAAUAUCCACUGUGUACACAUCCCACAGCUGUUUUAUCCACUCAUCUACUGAUGGGCAUCGGGCUGCCUCCAGAUCUUGGCUGUUGUAAAUAAUGCUGCAAUAAACAUAAGGGAACAUACAUUCUUUUCAAUUAGUGUUUCUAGCCUCUUUAGAUAUAUUACCUGAAGUGGAAGUGCUGGGUCAUAAUUCACAGUGUUAGUUGUAGAAUAUUUUCAUCAUUCCAGAAAGAUCUACUAGACAGCGUUGUUUUAGGUGCUAUAUGUCUUAAGAUUUCUGUGAUUUUUUAUUUAUUGUUGUUCUGUUACAUGACAGUCAUAUGACUAGUUUUUACAUUUCAGAUAUUUACAACCACAUAAAUAGCAAUGAUAAUAAUAAUCAGCAGCAAUUUUUGUCACAUCCUGUUUCACUAGU